CGGAAGUUAGUAUGGGCCAAACAUCCGGGUUUCUGUUUUUUUGCAUUCCGGCUGAUCCCACCUUUCUCUCGUCCCUAUAUCUCUUCUUCUACCAGGCCCACAUUUCUCCCACUCCUCCUCCGCGUGCGGGAGUAGCGCGGCCUUCAGCGACGGGAGCCCCUGAGGGACAUGGCAACUACGGCCGCGCCGGCCGGCGGCUCCCGAAAUGGGGCUGCCCCGGAAUGGGGAGGGUUCGAAGAAAACAUCCAGGGUGGGGGCUCAGCUGUGAUUGACAUGGAGAACAUGGACGAUACUUCAGGCUCUAGCUUCGAGGAUAUGGGUGAGCUGCACCAGCGCCUGCGUGAGGAAGAAGUAGAUGCUGACGCAGCUGCUGCUGAAGAUGAGGAUGGGGAGUUCCUGGGCAUGAAGGGCUUUAAGGGACAGCUGAGCCGGCAGGUGGCUGAUCAGAUGUGGCAGGCAGGGAAGAGACAAGCCUCUAGGGCCUUCAGCUUGUAUGCCAACAUCGACAUCCUGAGACCCUACUUUGAUGUGGAGCCUGCCCAGGUGCGAAGCAGGCUCCUGGAGUCCAUGAUCCCUAUCAAGAUGGUCAACUUCCCCCAGAAAAUCGCAGGUGAGCUCUACGGACCUCUCAUGCUGGUCUUCACGUUGGUUGCCAUCCUCCUCCAUGGGAUGAAGACAUCUGACACCAUUAUCCGGGAGGGCACCCUGAUGGGCACAGCCAUUGGCACCUGCUUUGGAUACUGGCUGGGCGUCUCAUCCUUCAUUUAUUUCCUCGCCUACCUGUGCAACGCCCAGAUCACCAUGCUCCAGAUGCUGGCACUGCUGGGCUAUGGCCUCUUCGGGCACUGCAUCGUCCUCUUCAUCACCUAUAACAUCCACCUCCAUGCCCUCUUCUACCUCUUCUGGCUGCUGGUGGGGGGCCUGUCCACCCUGCGCAUGGUGGCUGUGUUGGUGUCACGGACCGUGGGCCCCACACAGCGGCUGCUCCUCUGUGGCACCCUGGCUGCCCUGCAUAUGCUCUUCCUGCUCUAUCUGCAUUUUGCCUACCACAAGGUGGUGGAGGGGAUCCUGGACACACUGGAGGGCCCCAACAUCCCACCCAUGCAGAGGGUCCCCAGAGACAUCCCCGCUGCGCUCCCUGCUGCUAGGCUUCCAGCCACCUUGCUCAACGCCACAGUCAAGGCUGCCGUGGUGACCCUGCAGUCACACUGAGCGCACCUGAAAUCCUUGGCCAGCCCCCUUUAACCCAGCUGCAGAGUGAAGGAAGACUAAAGGACAGAACCGAUGACAUAUGUCUCUUUGUUGGUCUGCAGCUGCCACAGAACUGUAGCCACUUAAGCACCUCCUUUGACACCUGUCGGGGCUUCUGAAGGGCACCAGGCCAGGAACCCCUGGCAAGGACUGCAGGGCUCUGCAGCCAGUGCACAAAGUGGGUCGGUGCCUCUGGGGCCCUCUUACCACCUACCCUUACCAUCCUCUUUAUUUCUCCCACAUUGUCUUGCUAAAUAUAGACUUGGCAAUUAAAAUACUGAAGUCUGGAACUGUAGCUACCCUUCCAGGGGUCCUCCCUGGCACCCUACUUCCUGUACACUUUCCUGUUCUGUCAGUGGUGGUAAUGCCCUGUGUUCCCUUAUACCCUCAGGAUGUAAGGUGAGAGAGGCAAGAUAAAGGUAGGGCAGCCCAGACUACUCUGAAGGCAGUGAUUGAAUGUGGAAUCUGUCCCUCACUGCAGGGGACACCUCACCCACAGAGCAGCAAGGGGGCCUUGAACACAGCUUUUAAGUGUGGUGAAGCAGGGCACCCAGCUUGAGUGUGGGCUCAGCUGCACUUUUCAGACACCAGUGAGGCAAUGGCAAUUGGACAAAAACUUCCAGACUCAACCCCAUGUCAUUACAAGACCUUUAUAGACAUGGGCCAUCGUGUAGGGAUAAUUUUCCUGUGGGAGCUCAUAUUUGGAGCCAAACGGCUUUGCCUGGGUUAUACUGGGGCCAGAGGAACAGAGCUCUCCAGUUCUGUCCUUCCUCUUGGAGGCUGGUUACUCUUUUCUAUUAUUUAUUUAUUUAUUUAUUUUUAGAAAGGGGUAGAGAAAAUCAAUGUGUGGUUGCCUCACCCACUGCCCACUGGGGACCUGGCCGACAACCCAGGCAUGUGCCCUGACAGGGAAUUGAACCGGGGACCCUUUGGUUUGCUGCGAGGCACUCAGUCCACUGAGCCACACCAGCCGAGGCAAGAGUGCUGGCUACUGUUAAAAAACCUCCUCCACCACUCAUUCAAUCUGCUCUCUGUUCGUUCACAGGGAAUGUAAUUUUUGACCUCUCUUCACUACAUUUCUAUUACUUAUUAAAAAGAAAAGUCAUCCUAGUAAAUC